AUGAGACUAAUUAUUGGUCUUGCAUUAAUUAUACAAUGUGUACUGUGCACCAACAAUACUCUCACGACGAACGGGGAGUGCACGAGAUUGACGUUGACCGUUAAAGAACAUGAAUACGACAAUGCCACUUCACUUAUCGAUGAGCACAAGGCGGAAAUCGUUGCGCUAAGGAAAGCGUUCGAAGCGAAUCCGUUGAGAAAUCCAUUAGUUUUGCAUUACGGAGGGGAUCCGACACACUACAAACUGAAACUAGAGAUCAAGCGUGUUCAAAAAGGAGAUAAUGAACCGAAGAAUGAAGAAGGAGAUAUUGCUGUUAAACGAUUAACGGGUUACGAUAAAAAUGGAAUAAAACACGUGACGGUAGAAUAUUAUACAUCAACGAACACCAUCUACAUACCUCUAGAAGAAGGAACAUUUGAUAAAUUCAUGGAAAAAUGUACACCAACAAAAAAUACACAAAAGAUGGGCGCCAUCGAUUCGCAUGUACCGUCAUCGUCGACGGCGUCCAACUAUGUCACAACAUCCGUCGCCGAGCAGGAAAAUGUUCAAAAUCGAGGGAAUCAGAGUUUGAACCGUGGAAAGACUAUUCGAAAUUACAAAUCUCUACAGUACAAUCAUGGAAUGUACAGUGAUUAUAACCGGCAAGGUUCCCAGCAGCAAGGAUAUCAAUAUUUUAACCCUAUCGAUACCAAUUCGCACAGAACCUUGUACCAACAACAGUUGACUCGAAACGGUAUGAACAACAUGAAAAAUCAACAAUAUGGAAAUGAUCCGGGAAAGAUGGACAGCAGUCAACAUCAAAAAUUUAAUCCCCACACACAUCCAGAACCAUUCUAUCCAGGAGAAACUGAUUCGAAGUCAUUGCUGGCUCAACAAGCGUUAAAUAAACGAAAAAUGUUCGAACAUCUUGAUAUUAACGAAAUGGGUAAAUUAACUCUACCAGAAUUCAGAAGGUAUUCAUUCAAAUCUGUUGGAUAA